UUUUAACUGGCUGAAAAUGAUGACAUAAAAUGUAAAUAUUUUUAUUAUUCAAUCAGAAGGGAACAAAAAAAAAUUAAAAAUUGAAGACUUUUUAGGCUCUAUAGCAUAAGUCCAACAUCAUUUUAUACCUCACUUAAGUCAUUUAUAAGCUUAAUAACAUGUUUAAUACAGUUUUAGUGUGAUAUCAAAUUGUUGAAAAUGCAGCUAAACUUGAAAGUGUUUGCAUUGAUGUGGUUUAUCUCCUUAACAACAUCAAACAAAAAACAAAACGACAGAAAAAAAUUUAUUGAUGAAAAUCUCAAGGAGCUUAGAAAUAUAAAUCAUAAAUGCAGAAGUUCACAAGUCUCAUAUUUGUUAUGGUUGAUAGAAUAUAAAUCUGCUGACGUAGCACUUUUUUGUGCCUUGUCUGUAUUAAACAGUGUGAAAGGUAAUAUGGAAGAAAAGAGUUUCGCAUGGGCGGUUCUGCAUCAAAUUUAUAAACAAAAGAAAUCGAAGAAACAUAAGUUUGCUUUGAAACAAAGUUUUAAUAAAAAUGAAAAGAUUCUGCUUAAAAACAGUUGGGAUUUUCUUGGUCCUUUUCAAAUCGGGAAAAUUGAGCUUGAUGGGAAUCCGAUUGAUAGUAUUGGAAGAAAACACGCUAUAAAUAACCGAUGGAAUGCGAAAUAUGUAGCUUUCUCUGAGCUUGUUAAUGAUGGGAUUUUAAAAUGGACGACGCUUACAGAAGAUGCUGAUAAAGUAUUGCAGUUAGCAACCGAUGUUAAUUGGAAUGAUUUAGUCAUGUCAUUGCAAUCUAUUGGUGUUGCUGAAUGGCAAGGUUUGCUGGUCAAUGAGUUUGUAAUUGCUGAAGAUAAAACAGAGGUCAAGGUGCAAUGUCUUGGGGUGAAUGUGUUUUAUAUUGAUGGGAGAAUGAUGAAUGGUGAUAUUUAUCAUAGAAGUCAUUAUUGGUACCCAAUACAACUUAACAGUGGUAUCCACCGAGUUGAAGUACCAGUGCGUGCUAAAGGAAGCACAAGUGUUCGAUGUGAUGUUAUAACAAAGAAAAAAGAAAAAGGAUUGAUGAUCCAUCACGUGAAAUUCAUUCCUGAUCUUGUAGAUGGCAAUGUGUUUUCUAAUUUUAUUUCUUUGGAUGUCACAAAUAUGAAUUCUAAGGGAAGUAUUGAUAUUUUAAAUGCUCAUGUCAAAAAUCACAAUUUAAAGCAAGAGCCUGUUAUUAAUAUUGUUAAGACAACAAAAUUAUUAAGUGGUCAAACGGGUUCUAUCGUAUUGAAGAUUUCAUUUAAUGGAGAUAUCGUAGAAAAGAAAUGUUUUAGAGAAAAAUAUUCAAUGAAGAUUAAAAUUGAAACUGAUGUGAAUUCGCAAAAAGUAGAAGUUGUGUUUCGAUGCAGGACUUGUCACCAAUCUUUUUUGUUUACGUUUUUGGAUCAUGAUGGAUCUAUUCAACAUGCAGCUGCUGUGAAGCCUUUGCGAGAUUGUCAAUUAGCAUCUUGUCCAGUGUUGUUGUCUUUACAUGGAACAGGUGUCAAAGCCGAAAAUCAGGCCGAUAGUUACAAAAGAAUGAGAAAUGGAAAGUAUGUGUUUGGUGUGGAGAAGUUAUGGCUGCUUGCACCCACCCGCCAUGGUGCUCAUAAUUGGGAAGGGCCAGGUGAAUUGACUGCUAUGGCAGCUUUAAAAGAAUUGGGGAUUCUAACGAAGAAAGCGUCAUGGUUAGGAAAGCCAGCUAAUUCUGAUGUUGUCGUGUUUGCUGGACAUUCUAUGGGCGGACAUGGUGCUUGGCAGUUAGGUGUUCACCACCCUGACAAAGCACUUGCAGUUAUCUCUGCAGCUGGUUGGUUGAGCAAAGAAGACUAUGGUGAUUCAAACCUGUUUUAUCACCACGAUGUCUCUGUUAGUCAUACAGAUCAUAUGACAAAAAGCAUACAAGAAAGUUGUAUAGCAGAAAAUCAAGCUGAUAAACAUGCAUCAAACUUAAAGGGCAUCCCUGUUAUGAUUCGUAUUGGUGCGAAUGAUCGAACUGUACAUCCAUACUUCACAAGAAGAAUGUUCAGAUUGUUAAAAGAGUGCAGAGUUAACGUGACUUACAAAGAAUUUCUAAAUAAAGAACACUGGUGGUGGGAUACAAAAACUUCCAAUGAUGGUGGUGUUACCAAUGACCUUCAGAUUCGAACGUUUGCAACAUACGCAGUGGAGAAAUAUGAAGAGUUGUACGCAUUUUGUGACACGCAUGGAUGCACACAAAGGAAAGACAAAUCAAAAUAUACUAAACAACAAAACACCCGCCAAAAAGGACGCUUUGAAUAUGUGCUUUACAAUCCAGCCUCGUUUUCAGGUGGACGAGGCGUAAAAGUGAUUCAACAAAAAGUUCCAUUUCGAAAAACGCAAUAUAGUGUGAAUAUUCAGGACGAGCAGGUGAUGAUUUCCACCAAUAAUAUUCAAAUGCUACAACUAUACGAACCAAUCAUCGAGCCCGUGAACUGGCGACAAAAAAAGAUUGUUAUAGAUAAGAAUCCACUUGAGAAGCCUUCAGGUGAUCUUCCCUGGAAAUUCUGUCAACAUGAUAAACGCUGGAAAAUAUGCCACUCAUUUGGAGAUGUUAGAGAAGCAGACGCGUAUGGUCCAGCCAGACGAAUUGCUGAAAAACCCUUUAUCGUUGUAGUAUGUAAUGAUAAUAAAACGGGUAAAGUUAGUAUUCUACAGAAUACUGCCACGUUUUUGGCCAAUUUGUUUCAUCUGACUUCAGACGCUGUUACGCAUAUAUUUCUAUCCAGUGAACUAACAAAUGAACAACUACAAGAAAACAAUAUUAUCAUAUUGGGUUUGUCCACUUGUCUUGAUAACAUAAAUAUUACACAGCGUGUGUAUUUUACAGACCAGAACGUAGAUUUAGGUGGUUGUUUACUGCACGGUGAGAAUUUAUCAGCGUUAUAUUUACAACCACAUGCGGAUGAUAAAUUAAUGAUGAUAUUAACCGGUCAAAAUAUCGAAUCAAUCCGGAAUGGUGUUAUGGCAUUAUCUAUUCCAACUAUUCCUCCCAUGACACGAUCACCCUUCUCAAAUCUUAUACCGGAUUACCUCAUACUGUCUCCGGACGUGUUAUCCAAAGGUGCCGGUGGGUUUGUUUGCGCUGGAUUUUGGAGUAAUUCGUGGACUUAUAAUGUUGUUUCUUCUUCAUGUAGCUGUUGAAAAGUUGAAUAAAUUUUGACAAUUUAGAAAGUUUAAAAACAAUUUGCAAUAUCUGCUAUUUUUAAUUUCUCGGGCCCUCGUAAGGAGGGUAAUAAUGCUUUGCCGACUUAGUCAACGUGUGGUAUUGUGAACAGUUUGGGAAGUAUAGUUAUCUUGAACCAUCAUGAAGGUAUAAAAGAAGCUGGAACGUCCCGCUACUGCUCUGUUACUUUUCUACAUGAGGUUUCCGUACCAUCUAGUGAACUGAUCUGUAUUGAGAAUUAAAUGAAAGAUUUCAUUGAUGAUUUUUACAUUAUUGUAGUACCACAGAGUCGGAGAGUUUGUCCUGUAAUAGAAUAGAAUUAUUUUUUCACAGGUGACAGCAUUUUGGCAAAGGAAACCAUGGUUUGCAUAGUUUGUGAAAACAGAUUUUGAAGUUUCGUUUCACACUAUUUUCAUGUGACUUGAUCGAGUGUUUGAUGUAGUUCAGAGAAAGAAAAUUUCCAGUGGAGUAAAAAUUUUAGGGAAAACACUUUUUCUAUUUGUAAAGAACUGAUAAAAAACGUGAACUCUUAUUUGAUAAGAAUAACUUGUUUUAUCUGUUAUGUAAUUUUUUUAAAAGGUAUUUACAGUUCAAAUUCGAUAGGACGGACACAGAAUUAAAUCUAUGUCACGUUAGGUGCACUUUUUUAUAAUCAACUCCAUUUUUUAUUUCAGUCUUGCGGAAAUUUUCAUAUUCGACCCUCAAAGUUGAUAAGCGAAAUAAUUUUCAGAUAAAAAACUUGCGGUUAUUGGCUGACGUUAUUUUUUAUAGCUUGCAAAAAUGGUAUCUUUUCAGCUGUGUUUCAAGGAGAAAUACAUAAAAAAUAGAAGGUGUUGUUGUUUGUAACGAAAUAUAAUAUUAUGAGCUACUCCCAACCUUGCUUAUUCUUUUCCUGAAUAUGGUGCUGAUGCGAACGCGCUAGCCACAUAUCAGAAAACGAAAAAGAAGCCCAGGGAUUGGAGAUUGGAGCUAUUCGAUAAUCUUAGUAUCUUCUCCGCCAUUUUCAUUCUCGCUGUCGUCAACUAUCUCAUCUUCAUCAAGAGCAUGAACACAUACGGGACUCUUUCAAAAACAUAUCCACUGCAUUAAUCGCUAGCACGUUGAAAACAUUUCGACUUCAAUUUCGUGUACUUCAGCUUGCUUGUUGUAAUGAUGAUAGCCUUUAUGUUUUUGUAAUUUAAUAUUAUUUAUGAGAAAAAAGAGGCUUGAGGUGAUUUUUCUGUUGUA